GUUUGAUGUCUAAAAUUAUAGUCAGGUUAUGUUUUAAAAAACGAAUAAAUAGAAUGAGUUGAACAUUAAAGUUUAUAUAAGUUGAAUACUUUCAUGUAAAGGUUUCUAUUCUAAUUAACAAGCAUGCGGAAUAGCGGUCAUAAAUCAUUCAAAAUAUUACUACCAAGUAAUAAUAUCUAUCCAGAUGAGAGUAGUAAACCUUGUCCGGCGAAACCUAUUCACUUACGCAGGAUCGAACAAGCAUUAGAUCUAAAUAUGUUCCUCAAAAACGUUAAUAGUCAGUUGCAACUCAGUAGUGAUUCUGAUGAUUCGGAUGAAGAUUUAGAAAGUGUGAGCGAUACUAAUUUGGAUAAUAUUCUGAGAGAAACGGAGUCGACUUCACCUAAAGAAUACUACAACUUUACGAGCGUUUCGUCUAGAAGGAAGUGGUUAGCAGAUGUGUUGCAAGAAAAUUCUGACCGUUCUUGUGAAGAUAUUCAGUACAAAUAUAUUAUGAGAAUGCACUCUUAUCAGAAAAAGCUGAGAAAAACAAAAGAUAACUGUGAUAACUACAAAUAUUAUGGAGCGGGAUUAGUGAGCGCUGAAGAUCAUUAUCCUGAAAUCGAAAAAAAUCUUCCUAUUCCGGUUAAAAAGCACAAAAUUAAAACAGAAGACACUGCUAAGUCGCCACUUUAUCAUCCUGAGAUACUCGAUGAAAUAUCUCCCAUUGUUUUGAAGGACGAGCCAGUAUUAGACCUGAAUCUCCAAAAUGGCAUGGAAUUCCAAUCUAUGGAGGAUAUUGAAGAAAAGUACGUGCCCCCCGAUUACGGUCUUUCUAUUAACAGCCAAUCGGUGCAGACACCCCAGGUGAUGAUGAAUUUACCAAAGAAAAAAGCUAAGAAAUUCAAAGAUGAAGAAUCUCGAAAGAAGUGGGAAGACAUGAUGACUGUCAAAAGAAGGAAACUAUUCACCAGCAUUGUUAAAAAAGAAAUAGGAAAACAACACCGAUCGAAAAUCAACAAACAUAAAGAAAUGCUGCUGCAAUGCAAACGAGUCGCUUCUCACUGUGUGAAGUACGCCAGACAGAAAGCUCUUCAAAGUGCAAGAAUCGUUAAGGAACAACAAUGGAGAAUGAAGAGGCUCGCUAGAGAAAAUAUCGCUUAUUGGAAACGGUCCCGACGAUUCGACAGAGAGGUUAAGAAAAGAUUGGAAAAAGAAGCGGAGGAACAAAGAAAAAUUGACCAUGAACUUGUCGAGGCGAAACGUCAACAGAGAAAACUCAACUUCCUCAUCACUCAAACAGAGUUGUAUGCUCAUUUCAUGUCUAAAAAAUUAGGACAAACUUCCCCUGAAGAACAACUGAAAAUUCUGAGCCAGCUCGAUGAGGAAAACUCUGUGAAACUCGCUUGUGAUACCUACGACAGCGAAAAUAUGAAAGAAAUAGCAAAGAGGAACGCCUUAAGCGCCUUUCACAACGAAAAAGCUAGAACUAGACACUUCGACAAGCAGGCAAAUUCUUGCUUGAGCGAUUUUGAUAACCUUGAAGGAGAACAACCUCAGCCCGACAUGUUCAGGGGAAAACUAAAGGGAUACCAACUUAGAGGAAUGAAUUGGUUGGCUAAUUUGUAUUCGCAGGGAAUUAGUGGAAUUUUAGCCGAUGAGAUGGGUCUCGGUAAAACCGUGCAAAGCAUAGCAUUCCUUUGCCACAUUGCAGAAAAAUACUCUGUUUGGGGACCUUUUCUAAUAAUUUCACCAGCUUCGACACUCCACAACUGGCAACAGGAAUUAGCGAAAUUCGUGCCGGAUUUCAAAGUAGUACCUUAUUGGGGGAAUCCGAACGAGAGGAAAAUUCUUAGGCAAUUUUGGGAUCAAAAAGACAUGUACACCAAAGAUGCUAGUUUCCAUAUAGUUGUAACUUCUUAUCAAAUAGUCAUAACUGAUAUCAAAUACUUCAAUAGAAUAAAAUGGCAGUAUAUGAUUCUGGAUGAAGCCCAAGCUAUCAAAAGCACGAGUUCCAUGAGGUGGAAAACUCUUCUAGGUUUCAGCUGCAGGAAUAGGUUGCUGUUGAGUGGUACACCCAUACAAAACAGCAUGGCUGAGCUUUGGGCUUUGCUGCAUUUCAUUAUGCCUACAUUGUUUGAUUCACACGAGGAAUUCAACGAGUGGUUUUCAAAAGACAUCGAAAGCCACGCUGAAAAUAAAACUGGAAUUGAUGAAAAACAUUUAUCAAGAUUGCACAUGAUUUUGAAACCGUUUAUGCUGAGGAGAAUAAAGAAAGAUGUGGAAAAUGAGCUCUCUGAUAAAAUAGAAGUAAUGGUGUAUUGCCCUUUGACUACUAGACAGAAUUUAUUGUAUUUAGCCUUAAAACAGAAAAUUAAAAUAGAAGAUUUGUUACAUUAUACUGUUGGUGGAGGAGAUUCCCACACAGUAGACAAGAAUUUUACAUCGAAUUUAAUGAAUUUAGUUAUGCAGUUUAGGAAGGUUUGCAACCAUCCUGAGCUUUUUGAAAGAAGAGAUGCAAAAUCACCUAUAAGAGUAUCUUCUGUUCAAUAUGCUGUUCCCUAUCUCAUAUAUGAUUCCAAUAUAAGAUCAGUUUUGAUGCAAAAGAUUAAUAACUUCUACAUAUGCAGACCGGAUUAUUUGAACGAAUACGUCAAAAAUAAUUUCGAAAAUUCAAUUUUUAAUUUUUGCCUGAGCUUGAAUGUAUCGUUCAAAGAUAUAUACAGCAUAUUUCAAGGAGAUAUUAUGCACAGGUGGAAACAUUAUUACGAAACGGAGAAAUCGGACGAAAUUCGCUAUUGCAGAAAACUAUGGAGUUCUUUCUUAGCCAACGAACCAAUUCUGAGGCUCCGGAGUUUCUUCAGAUUGAACAAAUGGCAAAUAAAGUACAGCAGCGCGCUCAGCGAUUUAAUCUUCACCGAACACAACAGAGGAAACCGAGUGUUCUACACGCACACCGACCAUUUGUACCAUUCCAUGCCCGAAACCGUUGAACAUAAAAACAUCCGCUUGAAAAAAGAGUAUUUACCCGACGAAAAUUCCGUUAUCGACGUCGUUAGCGAAGGAACUAAACCUUCGCAAAAUUCUAUGACUGAUUUCCCGUACAUCAAAAGACCAACGCAAGUGUUCAAAUGCACAAAGACUGAAAUUCCCUCCUUUUUAUUCUACAAUAUGCCUAGGGUAACUGCAGCUCCAAUUAGUUUGUAUUGCUAUUCUCGCAGAGCAGCUUGGGAUCUGAAACGACACAUAGACGAUUAUAGUUUCAAUUCCCUAAAUUACUACUGGUCGAACGCGACCGACAGCCCAUUCAACUACCAGUCGGCGCAAAGCCUGCACCCCGAACCUUUCAGUUGCGCCGAUAACGUUAAACCAACCAACGGUUGGUCCAACAUCGUUAUUCCGGACAAGGAAAGCCUGGUUACCGACUCUGGCAAAUUGUCCGUUUUGGACGGGCUGCUGAAGCGCCUGAAAGAGGAAGGCCACAGGGUUCUAAUCUACUCGCAGAUGACGAAGAUGAUCGAUCUUUUGGAAGAGUACAUGUGGCACAGGCAUCACAAGUACAUGAGAUUGGAUGGUUCGUCCAAAAUAUCGGAACGCAGGGAUAUGGUAGCCGAUUUCCAAGCGCGAACGGACAUUUUCGUUUUCCUUUUAUCCACAAGGGCUGGCGGACUCGGCAUCAAUUUAACCGCUGCUGAUACGGUCAUCUUCUACGACAGCGAUUGGAACCCCACUGUGGAUCAACAAGCUAUGGACAGGGCCCACCGAUUGGGUCAGACUAAGCAGGUGACAGUCUACAGAUUAAUUUGUAAAGGCUCCAUCGAGGAGCGCAUCCUUCAACGGGCCCGAGAGAAGAGCGAGAUACAAAAAUUAGUCAUCAGCGGUGGUAACUUCAAACCCGACACCCUCAAACCUAAAGAGGUCGUUUCGUUGUUGCUCGACGACGAAGAGCUGGUUCAAAAAUAUCACUUAAAAAUCGACAACACCCCCGAGGAAUCCAAAGAAUCGGACAAGAAACGAAAGUUGUGCAAGGCAAUACCAAGCGGCGUGGAGCCCAAGAGGAUCAAGCAAGAACCGGGCGUCGCCGCCGACGACGGGGGCGGCAGCGUGGCGGCCGAAAGCGGACCCAACAGCCCCCGGAGCGUCCACUCCAACGACGUGAUGACCGACGAUGUGCCCGACGUGUACAACGACGACGCCGAUUCGGCCAUUACGAACAAAUACACGAUCUACAACGUGUACGGAUCGACGGUGAAGCCGAAACACGCCGGCAGGGGCUCGUCCAGAAGAGGCAGACCCAGGGGAUCCAGAAGCCGGACAGCCGGCAUCGGCAGGAAUUUUUCGAACAACGCCUCCUCCUCGUCCAGCGGGGUCUACGCCAGCGGAGUGCGGCUUCUUAGAGUGUUGCAUCCGGUCCCGACGGACACCUCGUCGAUCUCGUCGGCGCAGUCGUCGCCAUCCGGAGCGUUCGCGGACGCGGCAUCGGCGAAUCCCGGGGGGAGCCCGAGCCAGCAGGCGGCCACGGCGGUCCGGCGCGGGCCCGGCCGGCCGCGCUUGAAGCCCGGCGGCCCGUCGAACGCCGGCUCCAGGGGCACGUACAGGCCGCGCAAGCCGGCGCGGCCGCUGCCGGUGCCGCUGCCUUCGGACGGCACCAAUUCCGGCUCGAAUACUAAUAGUAAUGCAAUUAACUCGAGUUACUCGUUUUAUGAAUUUCCUGAUGAUUAAGUUUAUUGUUUGCGGUUUGUGCGUUUUCCGCGUGACGCUAGUAUGAUGCACUUUGAUUUUCUUUUUUGAAAUUAUAGUAAGGAGGCCGUUGUUAAUAGUUUUAAUUUAGACGUUUAAGUAAGAAAUGGUAGUUGUUUGUGGAUAAGUUUUGUAUUGUAAAUAUGGUAGGUGUGGAAUCUGCUCUCAGUAAAACGGUAAAAAAAACUUUUGGGUUUUUUGCGAGGUUUUCAAUGAGGGUUGUGAAUUUGAAAUUUAAGCUCCAAUGUAUAUAAAAAAAUCACCAAUUCGAGAACGCCUUUUAUAUUGUUUUAGUAAGAAUCAUUUUAUUUUUUUUAUUUUUACAAUUAAUUCUUUUAACAAUUAGAGGUUGAAGUAUAGCAUAAAAAAAUGAUCUCUAGUUUUAUUUCAGUUGUGAGUAAAGUGUAGCAUACUUUUGUCCGCACAAUGGGAGUUCGAUGUAAAUAUUUACGCAAAGUAUAACAAUAAUACUUCUAGUCCUUCAUUGAUUUUGAUUUCUGCAAAUAUUGAUUCGAUUUUUGGAUAAAGUAAUAGUGACGUAAGUAGAUGAAAUAUUUUGUUGCCGCCAAUCGAAUCCGAGCUUUAUUCAACGAGAGUUGAUCAGCAAUUAACGACUCUUUGAAUUAGCGGCAUCAAAAUUAACCAUUAAUUUGUCUACCUAUAUUUAUUAAAAUAUUUAUUUACUUCUCUAUUUUUUAAUCGACAUGUUUGUGUCUGUCUAUAAACUUUGUAUGUACAUACUGUAAUUUAAUACAAGUAUUAAACUAAGUAUUAA